AUAUAAAUAUUGAGGGUUAAAGUUACUAUGCCAAUGGUAAAAUAUGCGACAUCAUCUUUUCUUUGGUGAUCAAAAAGAUAAAAUCAAAUAUUUGAAUGAUCGUUUUGUAAAUAUUUAUAAUUGAGUGACCAAAAAUGAAAUGUAUCAAUAGUUUAAUCACUAUAAGUGUAAUUUACCCAAAUAUUAUAGAACUUGAGUAAAGCAAAAUUUAAAGAUUGAUAUUGUAAGUGGGAGCCAAAGCCAGAAGCAUCACAAGUCAGCAUCAAUGGCGUUUUCCCUCACUUCUCUCUCCAAAUCACUUUCCUCUCUCCUCCCUUCCCAACAUUCACUACCAAAUCUCCCCCAAAACCCACCAAAUUUCGCCCCGCCGGUUUCUCAAUCGGACCCCAAAUCAACAUCCAUUCGUCUUUCUUCCUGUUUGACCACACCGGCCGAAGAAACCAAUGCCAUAACAUGCCCAUCGUUUGCCUACGCCAAUACCCUUUUCUUCAAAUCGGGUCACUACAACGUCCAGGUGGUGGUGGCCGACAACGAACCGGAGGAUAAGCUGUUGGGCCGGUUCAGGAGAGCCGUGUUUAAAGCCGGUGUUAUACAGGAAUGCAAAAGGAGGAUGUUCUUUGAGAGCUCACAGGAAAAAAAGAAGCGUAAAGUAAGAGAAGCUUCUAAAAGGAACCGCAGAAGACGCCCGAAACCGAAGGAUUCGGCACAAUCUAAAGAGGAAACCAGUAAGAAGGAUGACGAUGAAGAAGAUGGAGAUAAUUGGGAGCUUCCUGAAGGAGACUUGCCUUAUUAAACCUAAUUUCAGGUUAUAAUUUUCAGGAUUUUCAUUUUAAUUUAUGUUAUUCCGAGUUUUCAUUUUUUUCAAUUGCUAUUCAAUUCCAAAGAAAAGAUUUCAUCUAUAGAACCAUAAGAACUUUAAAAAUAUUAACUUUAUUAAACAAUGAAUGAUAUAGAUAGUAAAUAUUAAUUUUAUUCCAAUUUGACAUUA